AUGGCGUCCGGAGAAACAGUGUCUGUUGACAAACUCGUUAUUGGUAAGUAAAAUAUGAGAGUAUGAGAUUAUUAAUCCGGUUGACGUACUCGAGUACACUUCCAUUAACACUGGUGAGUCAGAUAGCUUUCAAUUUACUUUUGUUUUUGUUCGGAUUACACUUUGUUUAGAGACACGAAAGCGUUUUUAUAAUUUGCUGAACAAUCGUAUUUCCAGUUUCAAUAAGUUUUAACCUCAUAAUCAAAAUAAAAAUAAAAUAAAUUAGCAGUUACUUAGGUUUCAGUAAUACCUAUACAUUUUUGUGUGAAAAAUUCAGGUGAAUUGUACACAUCUGAAAAACACGGUAACGAUGAAACUGGCGACGGUUCCGAAUCAAAACCGUUCAAGACUAUAUUGCAGGCUAUGAAGUGUGCUGGCAAGGAACCUUUCCCAGUGAUCUAUGUGGACUCUAAAACAGAAGGCCAAGUAUGUAGGUAGUGCAUUAUAUGUAUACUAUGUAUGUAUUUUUUUUUUAUGACAGGUCAAAAUGUAUUAACACAUAAAAGUAUAAUUAACUACUUAUAAAUACUUGAAUUACAUUUAUUUUAGAAAUUUGAACCGGCCGCUAAAACUCAAUUGAAGAAAAAUCAAAAGUUUUGGGUCAGAGACCAUCACAAGAAUGCAGAAAAAGCUAAAAAGGAAGAAGAAGAUGCAGCCAAAAGAAAUAAGAAUUUAGAAGACGCAAAAAAAUUAAUAUUGACUGAAGAUCCCACUUUACCUGCUGCAAAAUUGAUCAAAAUCAAAAAUGCUGUGGAAUACCGUAAUUCGAGGAUUAAAGUUUACGGAUGGGUGCACAGGCUCAGAAGACAAGGUACAAUAGUUUUAAACUUUUAAAAGUUAAAAUACAUAAUUUAAUUUUUACUAUUAUAAUCCAAAAUUUGUAUACUAUUUUCUUCCUGUGGCUACCAUCGUGGGUUAACUGUUGUAAUUUUGUUUGUUAAAUUUGUAUCACAUUGCUAUUUAGAUAAUUGUUCAUUGAUGUAUACUGAUUGGGGUUGCAAAAAUAACUACAAUAUUACACUUCUUGGACUAAAAAAUACAUCAAAUAUAUUACUAUGAAUUUAAAAUGUCACAAAUUCAAUUAAUCCCAUAUUCUAUUAAUAAAUAAUUAAUUUAAAGUUAAUAAUACUUGUCAACAAUUGUUAUGAUAUUUUUAACUCUGAAUUAAUUAUACUUUACUUAUAAUGUUGUAAUUUAAAAUUGUUUUGAUAUUUAAUAAAUAAUAAGAUUGACAUAUUUACAUAAUAAACAUAAGAAUAAAUACUGAUAAAUAAAACAGAUUAAGAAAUCAAAUAGUUAUUAAAACAGUAGAUCUCAAAAACUAUUUAUACUAUUUAUAUCUAUGUUAUAGAGUUAUGUACUCAGUUAAUUCUCGGUAAACCAAUAAAUUUAUUAUUUGUGUUUGUUUUAUAAUAUUUGUAUAAUUUUUGUAGGAAAGUCUUUAAUGUUUAUUACCUUGAGAGAUGGUACUGGAUUUUUACAAACAGUCCUUAAUGAAAAACUAUGUCAAACAUAUAAUGCUUUAAUGUUGUCCACCGAAUCAUCCAUAUUACUUUUUGGAGUUUUAAAAGAAGUGCCCGAAGGCAAAUCUGUGAGAACAACCUGAUAAAAAAGUUUUUGUUGUAUGUGUUUGACUAUUUUAUUUUCUUUUUAGGCACCAGGAGGACAUGAACUUCAAGUGGAUUAUUGGGAAUUACUUACAUUAGCACCCCCAGGUGGAGCUGAUUCUAUUUUGAAUGAAGAUGCUAAUCCAGAUGUGCUGUUAGACAACAGGCACAUUGCCAUUCGCGGGGAAAAUGUAAUUUAUUUAUUUUCAAUAUAAAAGGUUCAUUUUGUUUUUAAUUAUAGGGAUUUGGUUUUUUUUCUUUGUAGACAUCCAAAAUUUUGUUAAUGAGAUCGGUCAUAACUCAAGCGUUCCGUACGCACAAUUUAGAUAAAGGUUAUGUGGAAGUAAUGCCGCCAACGUUAGUACAAACUCAAGUGGAAGGUGGAUCAACCUUGUUUAAAUUGGAUUACUUUGGGUGUGUAAAAUUUUAGUUUUUUUUUUUUUUUUGUGAAAUUUUCUUACUUCACAUAAUAUAAAAUACAUAAAUCAUAUGUUUAGACAAGAAGCUUAUUUGACACAAAGUUCUCAGCUUUAUUUGGAAACAUGUAUUCCGGCCCUUGGUGAUGUAUUUUGCAUGGCCCAAAGUUAUCGUGCCGAACAGAGUCGUACAAGAAGACAUUUAUCUGAGUAAAAUAAUCUAAUCAAUAUACAGGUAUUUUUGAAACUCACAAAACUGAAUUCAUUUUUUUUAGGUAUACUCACGUAGAAGCUGAAUUCCCAUUUAUUACUUUUAACGAUCUACUCGAUAGAAUAGAAGACAUGAUUUGUGAUGUAGUAAAACGUGUAUUGGAAUCGCCACAUGCAGAAAUUGUAAAACAGUUGAACCCUGUAAGUAGAAGUUUAGCAAUUUAAUGUAUGUGUAAAAAAUGAAAUUAAUUUAUUAAUAUUUUUAGAAAUUUACUGUACCAAAAAAACCUUUUAAAAGAAUGGAUUAUAAAACUGCAAUUGAAUUUUUGCGUGAAAACAACAUAACUAAAGAAGAUGAUUCAUUUUAUGAAUUUGGAGAGGUAAUUUUUGUUAAAUAGUCUUUUAUUUUAAUAGUUUUUUCAAUAUUUAUAAGUUUUGGAUUUAUUUUUAAUUAGGACAUUCCAGAAAUGGCCGAAAGGAAAAUGACCGAUUUAAUUAAUGAGCCAAUUAUGUUGUGUCGUUUUCCUGCUCAGAUCAAAUCGUUUUAUAUGGCGCGUUGUCCUGAAGAUAACACUCUUACUGAGUCUGUAAGUAUUGAUGAAAAACCAAUUGUUACUUAGUAGCAUUUUUUUUUUUAUCAAACCAUGUGGUAUGUUGUCUUUAGGUGGAUGUCUUGUUACCGGGUGUUGGUGAGAUUGUUGGCGGCUCUAUGCGUAUUUGGGAUCAUGACGAACUGCUUGCCGGUUAUAAAAGUGUUGGGAUUGAUCCAAAACCAUAUUACUGGUAUACUGAUCAGGUAUGUCAUGAUAAUAUCGUGUUUAUAGUGAUAUAAUAAAAUCUGGAUAAAAUGUUUGUAUUUAGAGAAAAUUUGGAUCGUGUCCGCAUGGUGGAUAUGGUCUGGGAUUAGAGAGAUUCAUGUGCUGGUUGUUAAACAGAUAUCACAUCCGCGAAGUCUGUUUGUAUCCGAGAUUUUUGGACAGAUGUACUCCAUAA